AUGCCUGACGGUCGCACGGGAAAGCAACCUCUGACUCUGGAGGAGAUCUUCGAUGGUGGCGUGGAAGCCAAAAACUUCGGAAGGAUGUUCGCGCUCUUCGCCAGUCCCGAGGUACUUCCUUCGGGCGAUUGGGAACUCGCGUUGGAUUUGCUUGUCGCCUGUAUGAGAUUCGAAGCGAAGACCCGUUUCCAGGAUGGCCCGCACCGCGUACCCUGCAACAUUGUUAGCGUCAUCACAUGGCUCAAACGCCGGGAACGCCCAGCUGUCGUUGAUUCGAUUAAACGCCUAGAGACCCACUUCGGUGACGAAGUCGCUUGCAUGUGGCAGGACGCCCGCGGCCUGCCCGCAGACCUUCUAGUAUACAUGCACGGCGAAGGCGGUCUUUCUACCGUGGUCCGCACGCUGCUUCAGUGGAGGGCUGUCGAUAGCAACGCUGAUGACUGGGCCAUCAUUGUCGGAGACGUCAUAGCCGCGUUGGACGUUCUUAGGGAGCGUCGUGCUGGCGCGGACUUCAGUCUGCCUCUCGCCAAUCUCUUGCACGAGCGCGACGGCUCUAGCGACGACCGGGUGGUGAACUGUCUCAGCAUUCGCGCAUCCGAUCGUGCGCGGCGCAUCCCCGAGGCAGAACCAGAGCCUCAUCGCAUACUCAGGCGUGGGACGCGGGUUAGAAAGAUGCGCUAUAUGAAGCGAGGCUCGUCAUAG